GACCAUGUUGGAAGAUUUGGGAAUGGAUGAUGAAGGAGAUGAUGACCCAGUUCCUCUACCAUAUGUUAACGCAGCAAUAUUAAAAAAGGUCAUUCAGUGGUGCACCCACCACAAGGAUGAUCUCCCUCCUCCCAAGGAUGAUGAAAACAAAGAAAAGCGGACAGAUGAUACCCCUGUUUGGGACCAAGAAUUCCUGAAAGUUGACCAAGGAACACUUUUUGAACUUAUUCUGGCUGCGAACUACUUAGACAUCAAAGGUUUGCUUGAUGUUACAUGCAAGACUGUUGCCAAUAUGAUCAAGGGGAAAACUCCUGAGGAGACCCACAAGACCUUCAAUAUAAAAAAUGACUUUACUGAAGAAGAGGAAGCCUAGGUACGCAAAGAGAACCAGUGGUGUGAAGUGAAGUGAAAUGUUAUGCCUGACACUGUAACACUGUAAGGAUUGUUCCAAAUACUGGUUGCACGGCUCUGUUUAUAAUUGUUAAUAUUAGACAAACAGUAGACAAAUGGCAGCAGCAAAUCAGUUGUUUAAGCAGAAUAUUGUCCUCCUUGCAUGUGUAGUUUGAGUACAGAUUCCAAAUGUAUGGCUAUGUUUCUUCUAGUAUGAUCAAAAGUUUCUUUUUUCUUUGCUCUAAAUAAACCUGAACUGUGGGUUCUCUGUAGAAGGUGGCAUUUUGGGCUUUCUGAAACUCUCUUUGUAAAGCGAUUUCUGCCUAGUUUAUUGUCUAGUUAACUUUAGUUUAAUGACCUUUUAAAAGUUGGCAUUGUAAAUAAAACAAGUUGAAAAAAGUUUUCUGAAAUAGAAUUAACAACA